AUGUCCGCCAGCUCCAAAAUUCCUGUCGAUCUCGCCACUCUCGUCGCCAAGGCCACAACCACUAAGAAGGGAAAGAAACUGCCCAAGUCGAAGGCCAUUGUCGAGGACUCCUCAGAUGAUGAACCUCCUGCUCUAGUUGCAAUCGAGGAGGAUACUGUGAUGGGUAAUGCCGAUACUCCCUGCACCAUCCUGGACACUGAUACGGUAUCUAUCUCUUUUCUAGCUGCCAUCGCGCGCACUGCUGAUGAAGUCAUUGCUCGCCUUCAGCAGAUGUCCAUUGACGACGAGGUCGAGAUCGUGGUCAACAAGGAUCCCAGCUUGGGCAACAUUGUCGAAGGGUGCAAGGUGCUUCCUAAGUUCAAGAAGAACAAAGUCAAAGAGGACGCGACUGGCCUUGAUUUCUGGGGGAAGCCGGGCAGACUGAAUGUCGAAGCCCGACUCGAUGAGCAUGAGUUUUCGGUGACAAAGGCUCGCUCGGCGACUCCAAGGGUCGGCAAAUCUGGUCUAAGGGCACUGGAAGACAGAGGGGUAUGUGGGGACCCCUUGAGAAUGUCAAGGUCUUUCAGGGAGGGGGAGGGGGUCAUUGUUCGCCUUGAUCCAAUCCCAGAUGGCUGCUCUCCUUUUGUCGAUGGAGAGGGGGGAACCGGGGGGGCUGAAGGCUUGAACUGUCAAGAAGGGUGCUGGGGACGGGGACUGAGGAUGAUAUACUCCGCAAAAUUCCUUUCUUCUUCCUCUCCUGGCUCUGCUGGGAGUGGGAGGUUUGGACAGAAAGGCAUGAGUCCUGCACUGGAGUGUUCUGAUCCUGGUACAGGCUCUGCGAUGUCAACGGAUCCUGAUUGA